AUGGCUGUCGGCAAGAACAAGAAGCUCUCCAAGGGCAAGGGUAAUAAGAAGCGUGUGGUCGACCCCUUCACUCGUAAGGAGUGGUACGACAUCAAGGCCCCCGUCUUCUUCGAGAACCGCAACGUUGGCAAGACCAUUGUCAACCGUUCGCAGGGUCUGAAGAACGCCUCGGAUGCGCUCAAGGGCCGUAUCCUCGAGCAGUCGCUCGCGGACCUCAACAAGGACGACGAGCAGGCGUUCCGCAAGUUCUCGCUCCGCGUCGACGAGGUCCAGGGCCGCAACUGUCUGACCAACUUCUACGGCAUGGACUUCACCCAGGACAAGCUCCGCUCGCUUGUCCGCAAGUGGCAGACUCUCAUUGAGUGCCACCAGGACGUGAAGACCACCGACGGCUACCUCCUCCGUGUCUUUGCCAUUGGCUUCACUCGCCGCCGUGCGAACCAGGUGAAGAAGACGACCUACGCCAAGUCGUCGCAGAUCCGCGCCAUCCGCAAGAAGAUGUUCGAGGUCAUCCAGCGCGAGUCGUCGGACUGCGACCUCCGCCAGUUUGUCGCCAAGCUCAUCCCCGAGGUCAUGGGCCGCGAGAUUGAGAAGAGCACUCAGGGCAUCUACCCCCUGAAGGAUGUGUACAUCCGCAAGGUCAAGGUGCUCAAGCGCCCCAAGUUCGACCUUGGCAAGCUCUACGAGCUCCACGGUGGUGCUGCGGUGGUUGGUGCUGAGGACACUGGCUCGAAGAUCAAGUCGGGCGAGUUCAAGGAGCCUGAGGUCCAGGCUUCGGUCUAA